AUGGGGAACGAGGAAGCGAAACUCGAUACAAAACUCACUCAGUUGAGAUUGACCGCGCAAAGAACCGGGAAAAUACUUGAUGCUGGAAAACGAGAAACGAUCGAACGGCAUUUAAAGGCACUCCAAACAACAAUAAGCGAAACAGAUCCGUGCAAACGUACGGUUGAGGCUGAAAAAAUCGGUAAGAAAGAAGACCUAGCAGAAAUUAGCGACUGGAAUACGGAAAUCGAAGCGAAGAUAGGUGAAGCUGAAGACGAAGUAAAUCGACUUCGACAAUGGCUCGACAGCAAAAAGAUGGAAGAAGAAAACUACGCUCGAGAGGAACAACUUAAAUUCGAAGUGAAAUUGGGAGAAACAAAGCUUCAAAUGCAAGCUAAAAUUCAGGAUGCAAACCCGGGGGGGCAUAACACCUCGAAAACUGAGACGGGGGAAGGCAUGAAAGGUAUGUCAGUGAGAUUACCUAAAAUUAAUAUUGUGCAAUUUGAUGGGUCAUACAUGGAUUGGCCAAGAUUUUGGGGCCAAUUCACAGAGACGGUGGACAAGUCAAAUAUAGCCGCUAUCAACAAAUUUACAUAUCUGUGUGGGUUUCUGGGACCAAAAGUUAAACGCCGGGUAGAGUCAUUGCCAUUUACUGCGGAGGGAUACAACCGGGCAAAGUCAAUUUUGCAAGAUCAAUAUGGCAAAACUCCGGAGAUUGUCAAAGCCUAUAUUAAAGAGAUCAUGGAUUUGCCACACAUUUCUGGAGCCAACCCAAAGAAAAUAGCAGAAUUCAGUGAGAAAUUGAAUUAUUGUGUUCAAGCCCUUGAGACACUAAAUAAACUGAAGGAUGUUCAAGGAAACGUUUCCAUGACAUUGGAUAAGCUUCCAGCUAUACGGGGUGACUUGGUAAGGGAUGACCCAGACUGGGAGAGCUGA